AUGGCAAGACUCACUAACGAUGUCGGCGAAACGUCUGGGAAUGUACCAUGUCUACGGUCCUACUCUGGAAAUGAUGAUGCAUACUAUGGACUCCGGACCGGGUGCGUUCCUUUAAGUCUUCCUACCAAUAUGAUCGAGUUGCGAAACCAGGGUCAAACGACUUCUAUUUCUACUAGAGUUGACUACAAUCUCGACCUGGCUUAG